GCAGGCAUGCAGGGAGUGUAGCAGCAAAACAGGGAGUGUGGAAGGAAGGCAGAGUCCUUAUGGAGGGGGAUACCCCUUCCAAACAAUAAUCACUCCUCCCUCUCUCCUCCUCCUUAUCUUCCAUAAGCCAACAAGAGUCUUCAAUAAAGGUAUGUAAUGUGAUGUAAAUGUUCAUUUAUUUAUUUUAUUUAGUUCUCAUUGUUUUGUGUAUGUAAAACUUUAAUUAAUCCUUAAAAAAUGUAUUUUUUGUUAAUAUUUUUUGGUGUCUGGAACGGAUUAAUUGUAUUUAAUUAGUUCUUAUGGGAAAUAUUGCUUCGAAUUUAGGUCGACCUUCUGGAACGGAUUACGGCCGAUAUUCGGGGGUUCCACUGUAUAUAACAGAUAAAGGUCAGGUACAACCUAGAAAGACAGAUAGAGUGGUAAGGUCACUUGCCUCACCGAGAGGGGCAAUGUGCUUCAUGAGUGAAAAGUGUUGGUUUUGAGAAGAACCUGCCUAGCAAGGACCAGUAGACUUACUGUAGUACUCUUAUGUUCUCAUGUCACUUGAUGGCAGUUUCUUGGUUGGGUAAGAUCAUUUUAGUGAGAAUUCUGUAGCUUCUAAAAUUGUAUAUGAAUGUUAUACAAUACCAACAAGAUGAAGAAUUAAACAUGUGUAACACGUGUCACUUGUAAAUAGUCUAAGUCAGACCGAAACAUCAUCAUUAGCUUCUCUCUCCUAUGUGCAGGUUAUUUGUGCAUCUGGGUAUCUUUAAUUAAUUUAUAGACAUUUUGUCAUCCAGUAGGUUUAUCAAUACAAUACAAUGACAUAAUGUGAUGGCUGUGGUGCUCAUUACCUACUCUGAGGCUGAGGGACUAAUUACCUUAUCUUUUGUAUAUGCUUCUAAAACUGCCUGAGUAAUGUGAGAGUGUCUUUGCAAUUGAAACCAUUGUACCAGACAUUUGAAGUUAAAUCUACAAUAUACAGUUAAUGUACAUUAGAACUGAAAAAUUCACAAUGAUCAUUGAACUCUGUCUGGUUUAGUUUUAAUGUAUAUUUUAACUUUAAUAAACUUCAUGGAUUCUUUAUUUCUCAAGUUUAAUUGCUGGAUUUUAUCAUUUUAGCAUCAAAAGUGUAGUACAGUACACCGUGAGUGCUGUGUUAAUUCUUGCCCUUAAAAGGAGCAAUGUAGCACACAAACCAAUCUAUUGUUAUCCAGGUUUGGAAAAUGUACUGUUGAAGUUUGCAUCAGACCAACUUUUGCUUUGAUGAUCCUUGCACAAAAUUGCACAUUGAGAGUUAAUUAGCAGGAUUUUAUAAAUUUAGUUUUAUCAUACAUUGUGUGUUCCAGGACAACCUAUUGUGUGUUAAUUGGUUAAUUAACAUAAAAAACAAAUUUUCAUAAAUCACUUACUGGUCUACACUUGGUUAGGCUUAGGCAGGGUGUGUAUGGGCAAAAGUCAAGUUUCUUUUCCUAGCUAAUGUCAUAAUUAGGGUGUUCAUCUUUCUCUGAAUUGCUGUUUGUGCAUUUCUGCCCAACCUAAUGUUAGUCCGAACUUUAUUACAGUGCAGUAAUAUUUGUCAUUCUCUAAUAGGUUAGGUUAGUGUAUAUUAAUCUUUAUUUAUGUAUAAUUAACUAUCAGUGAUGAACUAAAUAUAAUGUCUGGCUUCAGGUAGCAUAUUGUACUGCCUUAUAGUGUUCAUCUUGCUCAGAAUGCUAAAAAGUUAGAAGAUGGGUUGUCGUAAGGAACUAUAUGUGCUAUUCUUGUUCCUUCUGUAUAAACACACACACAGCAUAACACAUUCAACACACAGCACAACAGGGAAAUAGGUAAAAAACUUUUGAUGGAUUUGGAUUCAUCAGAGUCAGUGAGACCUGACAACAGGUCACCAUGGAUUCUUAAAGAGGGUGCAGAAACAUUGUCUAAGCCACUAGCUAUGAUCUACAACUAGUCAUUGGAUAUGAGACAGUUACCAGAGAUCUAUGUGACAGCAAGAACCAUUCUCUAUAUUUAAGAAAGAAGACAGACAGGAAGUGUUAAACUAUAGACCAGUUUCUCUGACAUGCAUGCCUUUCAAGGUAAUAGAGAAGCCUAUCAUGGAGAGAGUAGUAGAAUACUUGGAGAGAUGCAGUUUCAUAAACAAUAACCAGCAUGCAUUUAGGGAUGGAAAAUCUUACUAAUUUGUUGGAGUUGUGUGACAGUAACAGAUGUGCAACAAGAGAGAGAGAGAGAGAGAGAGAGAGGUUGACUUGAUACUGUACCCCUCGAGAGGCUGGGCCUAAAACUUGAGAUGCAGAAGGGAAUAACAGGGCAUGUACUCUAGUGGAUCAAAGAGUAUCUUAGGGGAAGAAAGAAAAGUGACUGAAAGAGACAUCAGAAUGGAGAAGAGGAACUAGUGGGGUUCCACAAGGAUUGGUAUUAGGACUAAUACUGUUUCUUGUUUAUGUGAAUGAUAUUCCAGAUGGGACUGAUUCAGGUAUAUUCCUGUUUGCUGAUGAUGUUAAACUGGUGAUGAAACUAAAAACAGAUGAGGACAAAGAAAGGAUCCACAGUAAUGUAGACAAAUUGCAAGAGUGGUCAAAUAAGGGGUUGCUUGAUUUAACCACAUUAUAUGCAACAUCAUGAAGAUUAGGGAAGGAGCAAGAAGACUGGAAAUGGAGUAUAGACUAAGGGGAAUAGGAGCUGCAGACUUUGCUCAAGGACAAAGACCUAGGGGUGAGCAUAAUGCGCAGUAUAUAGCCAGAGGCUCACAUCAGCCGAAUAACUUCUGCAGCCAAUGAUCGUCUGGCAUAUUUAGGAGUAACUUUCAGGAUCCUGCACCUUUACAAAGCAUGUUAAGAAACUGGAGAAAGUACAUAAGUAUGCAACAAGGCCUUUUCCUGAGCUAAGGGAAAUGAGCUACAAAUCUAAUGACAUUGGAGGACAGAAGAACCAGGGGAGACAAAAACACAAAAUGCUCUGGGGAAGUGAUAAGGUAGACAAAGAUAGGCAGAGAGGCAAAUAACAGUAACACUGGGAUACAGCUGGAAAUUAAAGUCACAGAUAAAUCACAGGGAUGUUAGGAAGCAUUUCUUGAGCCUGAGAGUGAUCAGGAAGUGGAAUGACCUUGGUGAGGAAGUGAUGGAGGCAGACUCCAUACAUAGUUUUAAGAGCAGGAUUAAUAGGGCCCACAAGGCUAGGAGGGAGGGAAUCUGGAUAAUGACAAGUUACAAGGCAGAGCCAGGAUCAGGAUCUGAAAAUUAAUCCCUGCAACCAUAAAUUGGUGAUGAGUACAUACACAGACACAUAUGCAACAACACAAAAACACAAAUAAGCACAUGUACAAAUGCACACAAAAACACAUGGAUACGGACACAUACACAAAACUCGGUGAGUAUAUACACGUAAUUGUAACUCCGUUAGUUGACACAAUUAGCAGCUCUAACUACACAUUACGGAAGGAGAUCUGCCGAAAGGAUAAUAGAUUUUUUUUUGUAGAAUGAUAGAUUAUUGUUAAAUUUUACAAGAGGAGGUAGUAGUGCUACCACUUAAGUUUUCUGAACCUUGCAGUACACUUUACUUCUGAAGAUGGGGCACUACAAGUUAUUCUCUGCUUUUGUAGCUACAAACAAGCAAUAGUCGAUUAUAUAAACACACACACAAUGAUGAAAUAGACAUACGUGCAAUAACUGGGGCUCUUUAUUUGAAUAUGUUUCUUCAGUUAUUUGGUUCAUCAAUUCCGUAUAGAGAUGAUAUGUGAAGACAGUAGAAUUUGAGGGAAUUAGUUCCUCACUCUUGUUGAACAAUACACAGAAGACAGAAGAAGAUGGGAGUAAUUAGUCCCUCAGCCUGGAAGCUAGUGUCUAGGCUGAGGGACUUAUUACCUCUUAUUCUGACUUCACAUAUCAUCUCUGUAUUGGUAAAGCAUCUUCAGAUAAAUAUAACCAAGUGUUGCACAUGUGUCUGUUUCCUCACUUUGUUAGUAUUGUAUAACAUAGCCAUAAUAACACACACGUGAUGUAGCUUGAUGAGUUUGGCUCUACUCCUGUAGCUACACAUAUGUAAUUACCUAUGCAUACAUUUAUAAAUACAUACACAUACAUACAUACUUCUGUGGGAUUGUAACUACAGUACAUAUAAACAUGUUUACUGAUAAUUUGUUUAGUUUUUCUAAAAUAGUUAUGUAUUGGCUUAAAAGGAAUAAUAUUUUUAGAUUAUUUUAUAAUUUUCUUUUAAGAGCUACUAAGGACUUGAGUUGCCAUGUUCAGAUAGGUUCCACAGACAACUUUUUUUUUUUGGUUAUUGACAUGUCCUGUCUUCAUUGGGGACUUUGAGCUUUACCUGCUACAUUGUUCUAAUAUUUUUUGUAAGAAAAUACACUAUAAUGAACAUAGUCAUGUAAAGCUCAGAUUCAUCUAAUUUACCAUAUCAUUUGUGUUUACCUAACACUACAAGAUAUGAACUCUAUAAAUCUAAAUACUCUUCCAAGUGUACUUUAUUGUCCGACCCACCAACAUGAUUCCUUGCGCAACCUCCCAUACCCGAUACUCUUGCUCAUCACUGUCCUCACAUAUUUCCCAAGUCUCUGUCACUCCCUUGGUAUUCCUCUGUGUGUGUCAGUGUAUACCUAUGAAUGUUGCUAUCAAACUUAAAAGUUGAUUUACCUUAGUGUCAUUUUACCUAGGAUUUGUCAAUAUUAUCACACUUAGCAUCAAUACUGACAGCCGGGUUUUUCCUAAUAUUGGGAAGAAUGCCUUUCUAAGAAUUGCUCAUCAGCUUCCUUUCACUUUCUCUCAUGUCUUCUUUCUUCUUAUGUUUAUCUUAUGGUAGUUUUCCUUUCUUUUAGUAUGUUUGAGUUUAAAAAUAUAAGAGUCUUGCUUUGAGAAUAUUAUAUUACAUAUAGAACAGUUUAAUGCAGUUUCUGUUUAGCUAUGUAGAUAGUAGCAUAUAGUAUUGAGUAAUGCCAAUAUUCUCUGCUCUGUUUAUGAGUCCAUACUCACAUAUGUCUUUUACUUUUUUUAUAACUUGUAAAUGUCAAGUAUAUACCUUUAGCUGUAGAAUAACCUACUGUUACUUGCAUUUAAUAUAAUGUGUACACAGUGUACCUUAUAUACAUUCAUACAUUCAGAAAUAAAAGUGCAACUCAAGAACUUAAAAUAUUAAGCUAACUGCCAUUUUGUUUCUCCCAAGAAUUUUUUCAAGGAUCCAUGGAAUACUUUCGACUUCAUCACAGUGAUUGGGUCCAUCAUUGAUGCCUUGGUGGUGGAGUUUGGGCGAAUGUAUGGAGAAGGGACAGAAAACUUCAUCAAUGUGGGAUUCUUACGGUUAUUUCGAGCAGCUCGACUUAUAAAAUUGCUUCGCCAGGGUUACACUAUUCGAAUAUUAUUAUGGACGUUCGUGCAGUCAUUUAAGGCACUGCCGUACGUUUGUCUUCUCAUUGCCAUGUUGUUCUUCAUCUACGCUAUUAUUGGGAUGCAGGUCUUUGGUAAUAUAGAAUUGGAUCCCAGUACGUCUAUAACACGCCACAACAACUUUAGAAAAUUUACAGAGGGCAUAAUGCUCUUGUUCAGAUGUGCUACAGGGGAAGCCUGGCAGAGUAUUAUGUUGUCGUGCAUCAAGGAUAAGCCGUGUGAUUAUGCCGCACUCAAGAAUGAUCCAAACAAAACGUGUGGCUCUAAUAUAGCUUAUGUCUACUUUGUCUCUUUCAUUUUCCUCUGUUCUUUUUUGAUGUUGAAUCUUUUUGUUGCUGUCAUCAUGGACAAUUUUGAUUACCUGACUAGAGACUCAUCCAUCCUUGGUGCCCAUCAUCUUGAUGAGUUCAUCAGAAUAUGGGCUGAAUAUGACCCUAAUGCAACGGGGAGGAUACACUAUGCAGAAAUGUACGAUAUGCUGAGAAACAUGGACCCUCCUUUGGGGUUUGGCAACAAAUGUCCAUACCGGUUGGCAUACAAGAAACUUAUACGAAUGAAUAUGCCACUAGAUAAUGAAGGAAAGGUGCAUUUUACAACAACGCUAUUUGCCUUAAUUAGAGAAAACCUUUGUAUAAAGAUGAGACCAGCAGAAGAGAUGGACCAAGCAGAUCUGGAGCUUCGAGCCACUAUAAAGAAGCUCUGGCCAAUCCAAGCCAAAAAGAACAUAGACUAUAUAGUGCCUCCUGAUUCCGAAUUAACAUUGGAAAGGCUAACAGUGGGCAAAAUUUAUGGUGGUCUACUAAUUGUUGAGAACUGGAGAACUACUCGCUUUGGUCAGAUCCAACCAACGGGAGGCCUGGAUGAGAUUGAAGAUGCUUAUGAACAUAUAGAGAAUGAUGAUGAUGAGGAGGAGGAAAAGUAUGAGUCAACUGAGGAUAUUUUGUGUGGGGAGGAAACGCACCUCCUUAGCAAUGUAGAAAAAUUGGAAAAUAAAAUCGUCGAUACUAAGGAAACUGAGGAUGUUGAGGAUACUGAGGAGCAGGAAUCAGAAUCAAAGCCCAGUUUGUUUGCGCGACUGAUGGGCAUAGCAGCACCUGCCGCACCGAGCAAGAGCACCCACGCAUCAAGGACCAGCCUCUCCCGUUCCAUUGAUGAGCAGCAGGACUCCCAGGGACACCAGAGUCGUCAGGACAGCCUCUCCCAGUCCAACGUAAGCAUAGACAAUGUACUUGGUAGUGACAAAGGGUCGAAAAAGUCCCUGACGUUGUUGGGUGGAGGCAGUGCCUCGAAGCGUGGCUCAGACCACGACGGGUCGAGUGUGGCCAGCUGGCAGGCGGGGCUGGAGCUGGCGGAGGUAGUACAACAGGCAUCUAGAAGAGGGUCCUUAGCCUCUGAUGAUGGUGGUCGUCACUUGCGACCUGAUGAAUACCCAAUUAAUAGGUAUAGAUCACGGUCACCGUCACCCGCCAGAGGCUUCCAGUCACCUACACCUCCUCACAGGCGGAGUCCCUCACCGAGAAGACCUAGCCAGCAACCCCAUGACAUUGGCUUCAGUGAUGCUGUCAGUGAUGUGGUGGAUCUCGUCAAGUAUGAUAACAUCCACAAGAGAGGUAGGCUACGAGGAAAGCUGCAUGGCGAUGAUUACGGAAUAAUCUCUCCGUUACGAGGCCGCAGUCCUAGUCGGCACCACGAGGCCUUUCCUCCACGACCGUGGGGUAUGCGGGAUAUUCGCUCUGCUUCGAACAGCCCAGACCGUCACUACAUGACCACAAGACUGGAUGCUCGCUCUCGUAGUCCCUCACCACAUACUGGACUUUCAGGGGCAGCAAGACGCCGUGGUCGCACUUUAGAAUAUUGUGGCACAUUGUCUUUAGAUCGACGAUCACGUAGUCCUUCCCCACACCGGCGUGCAGGCUCUAGCUAUCCUACAAUACCACAGAGGCGAGGUGGUGGCCGGCGACUACCCCCCACACCUAAUAAACCAUCAACACUCCACCUGGGUCCUCAGCCAUCCCAACCUCUGCCAGGACAUCAACCUGUAAGUCAUCACACCCUUCCUGGGGGCAAGUCACCCACUAGAUCACAACCUAUCAACUUUCCCAAGCUGAAUGCCUCGCCCACACAUGUGCCCAAGUUAGAAAUGCCACCAGUGUUCCGAGAGAGAAGGACUCCACCCAUUACAGAAGGGAGCGCUCGACCCCGUGUGCCCCCCCCUGGAAAAAUUUUACCACCAGGUGCACUUCGCCGCCCGCCAAUGGCGCCAAUCAGAGACCAAUAUCCAUACGAGCGGCGGCCAGAGGAGCCACUUAGUUUUGAACAGGCAGUAGCCAUUGGGCGGGGUACUCGUCAGCUGCCCUCACCAGCAGUGCCUAAUGGGUACAAACCAGGGCGGGACCGUGCAGUGCCACGACUACCUGCCCCAGUUGGUGCAGCAGGUGCUGGGGCACCCAGAAGGGCGGCCCCAGGGGUGCGCCACAGUGACAGUGAUGAAGAUGAUUGGUGCUAGUGAAUCCCACAGGGCGAUGUGGGCCCCCAUCCCCCUAAGGCGGUGAUGAGGGCGACACCGCCCUGACUAGCAGUGCCUGAGAAUAGAGUGGAGCACUGGACCUAGGCAGGGGAGUCAACAGUGGCCACAAUUGUAUUUGUGGCUUUUCUUCAUGUUUGUUUUGUACCAUAUCCCCUACAAGUGCUUUAUUUAAAACAUACAACAAAUGUUCUAUCAAAUCUGUGAUAUUUUAAUGUCACCACUAUUGUAGCUCUCCUGUAUGAGAGUUCUAUGAAUAUCAAAAAGGAGCAGAAUGAGAUAUGUCAUUCCCAUUUAUCUGUCAGUUUAGAAUUGUAUUCAGUCAAUGCACUCAAAUCAGUCAAUACCCUCAUGUUAUACUGCCAACUGAUGCACUCUUAUGUCAUCCUAUCAUUUCCACAUUAAACUCAUACUGUAUUUGAAUAAUACAUGCAGCUCUAAUCAUAAAAUGGUAUCCAUUUAUAAACUGGGAGUGCAGACAUUGUGUGUGUGUGCGCAUGUGUGUGAGUAAUACUAGCUCAUAUAUUAAGAGUGCAGCAGUUGUUAGUAUUCCAGUGUUACUAUAUUAUCUAAAUUGAGUGUGUACCUUGAAUACUCUUCUUGAUCAUUGUUGAUUAGGUGUAGUCUGAGUACGACUUUGUUACCUUUUCUUCUGGUUUUUGAUGACUAGUCUGUAGUAUUUACAGUUCGCCAUGGAGACUGAGGAUCUUUGGGUCUUUUCUCUUGCGAUAAGUAAAAACCAUUUGCCUGCCAAAGUUGGAAAUUUUUUGUGCUGGUGAGCAGCUUGUAUGAGAGGAUGGACUAGGCCUGUGUUGGCAUCUCUUGCUUCUGUCCUUCCACAUUUCAUGUUCACAUGGUCAUAUUCUGGUAAUGAACUUGAAUCAGUCAUCAUAGUCAGAUUGUGCUUAUAAAUACUGACAUUUACUUAUGCUAUAAUUCACACCAUCUUGUAAUGUGGGUGUAAGAUAACACCAUCCUUAAGUUGAUAAUUGGUAGUAAGUACAGACUUAGAUUGUUGAUUGCUUCAAGCAUGUUUCCUUAGUAUGAAUCUUAUUUAUACUCAUUAGUUUUAAAGUGGACAGCAAUUACCCUUUGUAUCUCAAGUCCAUGAUAGAGGCAUGUCCAAGAGUGUGGGGUGGGGGGUAGCAUGGCCAAAGUGACCCCCUCUCCUAGCUAUCCUGCCUCACCUUACACAAAUCAUCAAAAAUGGUGUAUCCAAAUCAUUAACAUUAUUCUCUAAAUUUAAUUAAAUAAGACUUCCACUAUAAUCAUAGGUGAAAAUGGGGAUUAUUUUAAAGGGUCAAUUUUGCACUAAUACAUAGAACCAAUGUUUUAAGAAAAGAGUGAACAAACUUAUAUUGGCUCUUCAGAAUAUCAACAAGGCUUCAAGUGCAAACAGCACACUAUAAAAUAUAUUGUGUAAGAAAUCAUGACAUACCUUUUUCAUCAUAAUGGGAUAUCUGUUGCCCAUGUAUGCCUUCCUUUCAUUUGAUGAAAUCCUGAUGGACAUAGAGGAAUUACUACCAUGAAUUGCAGGACAUUUAUGUUUGAUGGAAAGAUGAGCUUGAUUAGGGAUUGUUAUCAUUUAGCAUAGAUCCUUACGAUCUUACCAUUUUGACCUUUUGUAAGAAAAAGUCCUGCCUUAUGUGAAUUGGCCCUCAGUGCAGGAGAGGGCCAAUAUAGCACCCUAGGAACAGUAUUGAGGUAUCUUGGGCACCCAUGGAGGUUCAAACCCUUGAGGAGUAAUAUUGGGGGCUGCAAUGUAAUUUUGAGGUUACUAUGUAACCUAAGAUUACAAGGGUUAUGGGGUAUUUUGUACAUACCGGUCUAUGAUCGGUUAGUUUACUUCGUAGAUGUAGACUUAGCCUUCAAAAUUUUUAGGUAAAAUUAUUAAAGCAUUCUGUCAAUGUGGUUUAGCAAAGACAAAUACAUCAUUAGUAAUUUAGAUAUGAUGUUGAUUAAUUUUGAUCAAUUAUAUCUAACUCAAGAGAUGUAAGAUAUGAUUCUGCAGAAAACAUAAUAACAUGGGAGCCAAAAUGGUCUUCAAAUUGAAGUUGAAAAUGCCCAUGUUGGUCCCAACUAUCCUUGUGCUGAAAAUCCAUAAGUGCUUUUUUGUAUAAACUAGUAUUCCAUCCUGCUACCAAGAGUUGAAAUGUUUACUAAUGAAAACAGUGCCAGUGUUUAUAUACCACUCACUCACAGUCUUGAAAAUUUGAGGUACAGCAUGUUAACAUGUGGCACGUAUCUACAAAAUUGUGCUUCAUUCUAAGUACGUGCCAUUGUCAAAUUACUUGGUUUAUGUUCUUGUUGUGAAUGUAGUAUUCUUGCUUGAAAUCUUGGUCCCACGGUUUACAAUGUUAAUUUGGCAGCCGAAUGUCACAUAAGGUAGAAUGCCCAGUCUUUCAGUAGUCACUAAUUUUUAUAUGGAAUCAAGGGCAUCAUAAUACUGUAUGUACUGUAUAAUAUGUAUGUUUGAGGGUUUAUGAAAGCAUAUUGGAGGCUAGAGACAUAGAUUCAGGCAAUUCAAGUUAAGUUCAAGGGUUCAUAAUGUUAGUAUAUGUCAAUCUGACAAAACAAAUGCUAAAAUUAAAUUCAUGUAAUCGACUGUGAAUUAAUGCCAGAGACUUUGAUAUUCUACCAUAUGUGUUGCUAAUUGUUAAAGAUUCAUAUAAAUAAUACAAACUGUGUAAUUCAAUGACCCAUUUGGCUGUCACAUAUGGAGUGUUGAAUAUCAAAGAAGUUUUGCCUUUAUUCCAUUUCAUCAUAAAAUCUGAUAAUGCCCAAAAUGCCAAUAUAAAGUGUUCCAUAUUAUAUAUUAUUCAGCUGAAAUGCACAGACAACUAUUAUAUAUACUCCCCCUAAAAUUCUACCUUUUUCAUAAAUACUUAAUGUUUCAUUACCUAUUAAUUGUAUAGAAAAUUGUUAUUAAAUUAUUGAAGUCUGUUAAAAGAGAACUAAGUUUAUAUACAGUACUUAUACAU